AUGAAAAAGAGGAAAAUUAACUCCAUUCUGAGGACAACACCGGAAGGAAAAUAUGAAAAAGCCCCAGGACCUAGUUAUGGUGUAACACGGGAUUAUAGCAAUUAUCCCAAAGCAGAUUAUACCACUGAAACAAAUGAAAGCCCAAUUGCCGAUUGCCCUCCUAGUGACGCAAAUGGUGAUAACGCUGUAGAUUUCUUAAAAAAGGUCGGUGCCGGCCUCCUAUUGGUCAUAGUUUCGGCUGAUGAUUCCACAACAGCAGAUCCUACUGAUGAAAGUUCUAACACGGAAGCUCCUCCACAAGAUCCCCCAAAGAAAGGACCACCCUCUAAGCCUAUAAAUAAACCAGCCAAGAAGCCUGCAAGCCCUCCUAAAAAACCUGCAAAUUCCAAUAAUAAGCCCUCUAAUGGUAACAACAGCAUCAAGAAUAUUCAAAAAGAAAAUCAGAAUAGACAAAAGCAAAUUAAGAAAGCGCAAUUGGAAAUCAAAAAGAUCAAGCAACAGAUUAAAAAAGCCGAACAAGCUAAUAAAAAGAGACAAAAAGAAAUCAAUAAGAGGAAACAAGACGAUAAAAAGAAGUCAAAACAAAUCAAGAAGAGAAAAAAUAUCAUGAAGAAAAGAAGACAAACUAUAUUGAAAGAGAAAAAGGAACUUAAAAGGUUACAGUUUCAAAAUAAGAAGAAACGUCGUGCCAAUAGACGCGGAUAA